AUGGAUUUUCGAUUAGGAAAAGAUCAGCAACAUUUUGCUGAGUUGGGGCAAAAAUUUUUAUUAAACAAAUUUCUAGAUUUAUGUAGAAAAAAAAAUAUUCCUGAUAUUGGAUGGGAUGAAAAUAUAUUAGUAGAAUUUUUAACUUGGUUAUCAAGACAAGAUUCAAACAACCAAUUACGUUACCAAGUUAUUGGAGCUGGAGAAAGAGAGGGACGUAUUAGUUGUUCCUUGGUUGGUCGUCUUCAUUUUAAUAUGACUCAUGGUAUUGGUCGUUCUGGAAAUAUUUUAGAUUCACAACCUAAAGCUCAGGGUUCAACAAUUAUUAAUAUGUUGGCGAAUGCUUUAAGUUUGGAGGCUCUUCAUAUUUAUGGAUUAAAAGCUGCUAAAGGUACUCUAGUUGUACCAUUAUGUACAGGAGCUUCGAUUUCAUUAUGUUUGUCUGGAUUAAGAAAUGAUUUUAAAGAAAAAAAUCCUAAUAUAAAUGUACCAAGGUAUGUCAUAUGGAUGAGGGCUGAUCAAAUGUCUGCUCCUAAAGCUAUAAUUAAUGCAGGGUUUGAUAUUAUUGUUGUUGAACCUAUUCCUGAAAAUAAAAAUGAAUUAUCAUUUAUUAAUAGAGAAAUUUUUUGUAUUAUUUCAUGCACACAAUGUUUUGCUCCUCGAGAACCUGAUGAUAUUAUUGAAAUAUCAAGAAUAGCCAAAGCGACUGAUGUAUAUCAUAUUGUAAAUAAUGCUUAUGGAGUUGCGGUAACUAAUAUAAAUGAGAAUUUUUCAAAAGCCGCUUCUUCAAAAGAUUGUCGUAUUGAUGCAAUCGUUCAGAGUCUUGAUAAAAAUUUUCAAACUCCUGUUGGAGGUUCAGUCAUUGCUACAUUAAAACAAAAAUCAAUCAUUAAAUUUGCUAAAAGUUAUCCUGGUCGUGCUUCAGCUAUACCUUCACGAGACUUUGUCUUGACAAUGUUAAAUCAAGGUGUUAUAGGAUUAAAAAAAUCUUUAAUUUUACGUGAAGAAUUAUAUGUACUUUUAAGAAAUUUAUUAACAAGUAAAAUUGCAUCAAAAUAUGGUGAAAAAGUAUUGGCAUCAAAAAACACAGCUGAAGAAGGUAAUGGAAUAUCAAUGUGUAUGACUUUGUCAUCUAUAAAACCAGAAAAUCAAAGUUUGUUAGGCUCAAUGUUAUUUCAUCGUGGAGUUACUGGUUCUAGAGUUGUACCAUCAACUUCAAUUUUAAAUAUUAAAAAACUGCAAAAUUAUGAAUUAGAAAAUUAUUUUUCACAUUCAAAAUAUUCAAAUCAUGGAGGUUAUAUAAAUUUUGCAGUGUCUAUCGGAAUGAAAGAAGCAGAAGUUUAUGGAUUAAUAGAUGUUCUAGAUAAUGUUUUGAGUCAACUUAUUAAAAAAUCAUAA